AGAGUACCUGGGGUACAUGUAAGUAGUAUCCGAUCCGACAAUUAAUAAUCGAGCCAUAUUAACAUCUUUGCAUUGCGUAUCAUUCUCCUAGCAGAGUUGUUGUCCAUGCCUCAACAUACAUGCAAUGAAUGUAAUGAACCGCAGUGUAAGAGAGUGAUUGCGUACGUGUCUUGUUUCGUAUGGACCGUUACCAGCUUGGGCCAUCAUGACCCAACACAGGUAAUCUUCUGAUUGGAGGUAAAACGGGAAACAAAAAUGGAAGGUACCGGCGAUUUGCUUAAUAAGAAAAGAAAACUAGAAAAUUCGGAUGAAAUUGUUGAUAAAUGUCCGCCGGUUUUAAAGAACUUUAAAGAUUUUAACAUUAAUAAAGUAAUUGCCGAGAAUCCCAGGUGUAAAACGGCCACGAUACAUGGUCAGAUCGCUGGCGAGGAUGCCGUGGUGUUAUUGGAGAAGACGGCGUUUGAUGCGAGUCAUCUGGGCAACUACCUCAGCGAGCUGACCACACUGAACAACACACUCAAGAACGACAUCUAUGGAACAUAUGACGCGUUUCCUCCUCUUAUUGAAAAUGCCAUUCGGGCCACUGUGAUCCAUCCUGCCACUGAGAAGCACAUCAAAAAGUACACCGACCAGCCAUGCUAUGUUGUACAUGAGACUCCAGAACUCUACACAAAUAUUACUUUACCUUUGAUCAUAAGCAAACAGUUCAGUAUUCAGUGGGUGUACAAUAUACUGGGCAAGAAGAAGGAGGCAGACAGGAUAGUGUUUGAAGACCCCGACCCAGAGCAGGGCUUUGUGCUCCUGCCUGACAUGAAAUGGGACUGUAAGGACACACGGUCCUUGUAUCUAGUGGCCAUUGUACAUAAACAUGAGGUGAAAUCCUUGCGGGACCUUACUGCAGACAGCUUGCCUCUCUUAAACAAUAUUCUACACAAAGGCCUGGAUGCCAUAAAAGAGAGGUUUGGAGUGCCGUCCAGCCAGGUGCAUGUGUACCUGCACUACCAGCCCUCGUACUACCACCUGCAUGUACACUUCGCCCAUGUGCAGUGUGAGGCACCCGGCAUGGGGGCUGACAGGGCUCACAUGCUGAUAGACGUCAUAGACAACAUCCAAAUAGCCAGCAACUUUUAUCAGCGCAAAACUCUCACAUUCACCGUCCGUGAGGAGGAUGAUUUGUACAAGAAAUACAAAGACAGUGGAUAUUUUGACAAAUCAUAAGUUAUUCUAACUGACCUUUACUAACUUAAAUUUUCUUGAUCUGAUAAAUCAUUGUUUGUGUUUAUACAGAGUUGAAAGUCCGCUAUUCUGUUUCUGCAGUUUUUAUUAUUUCUUUACAAAAUUUUAGCAAUAUGUUUGAAGACAUUUCUAGGCAUAAAAUGCAAAAAGUG